AAUGAUUUACUCCUGGGGUUGAGGGCUCGAUGCAAAUGAGCACAAAGGAAGUUGUCAGCAGCAUCGUGCUCUGGCCAAUGGAAAAAAAGCUCCAUCUUAGCUGUGCCAUAGGCUGCACUAAAAAAAGGGACCAGAACGGCGCUCUCUCAGCAUCCUUUCACACAAGAGGUAGCUCCCAAAUCUGUGCCAGUGAGCAUACUCAGACAGCUCUUCAAGAAUGGCAACCCUCAACAGCACCCACUGGAAUGAGACUACUACAUCCAUUUCACAGUAUCUGGGCUUCCAAGUGCAAAAAAUUUAUCCUUUCCAUGACAACUGGAACACUGCCUGCUUUGUUAUCCUGAUCAUAUUCAUCUUCACUGUAGUUUCUCUGGUGGUCUUGGCUUUCCUGUAUGAGCUGCUGGACUGCUGCUGCUGCGUGAAGAACAAAACUGUGAAAGACUUGGAGAACGAGCCCAAUCCUGUCAGAGCUAUGAUGAACAGCUUCAGGAAGCGUGACACAGAGGUGGUGUAGGAAGCACUGAGCACCUGCACUUGGACAACUUGGUUUGACAUCUCAAAUGAAGCCUCUUGUACCUUACAAACAAGCAAGUCAUGCGCUUUUUUCUUUUGGACUUAAAUAUCCACAGUGGCAAUUUUGUAUCUGGAUGUGAGCUGGAAUAAUUGGCAAAGGCUUUCCAAGUGCUUAGCAGAAAGACAAUCUGCUGCAGUGUUAUGGGAGGGAAAAAGAUUUCUGGUUUUAGAUGAACUUUUGCUGUUUAUAUUGAGUUACUAGCAUAGAAUUUUGUCUACCUGACCAAAAAAAUGCUGCCUAACAUGCAUAAAACUGUGUUGCUUAACUGAAGAAAAUGUUUAUAAAAUGUCCAACAGUCUGAUCACAUUCCAAGCAAAGGCAGCAGUGUUGUCUCACCGAGUCAACCACAGAGGGACAGGACAAGACAGACAAGGGUUCCAGGGAGCUGUAUGCAGUCUGGCCAACAGUUUCUGGGUGUUGAGACCUGCAUAACCCAUCACCUUCAGAAUAUCUGACCCUUUCCAAAAAUCCUGCUGAAAAUGAACAGGGACAAUUCUCUGCCCCAAGGCUGCUGCUUCUGUGGCAACCACAACACUACAGGGAGUGGGACACGCCGGAUCUACCAUCCCUAUCCCAAAGUUUCAAAGCCAAACCGGAACUGGCGGAGUUCUUGCCAAGAACACAGGGAGAUGGGCCACAGACCUCCCACACUGAAGAGGGGGAUGUCACCGAGCCCAGGUGCAGCUUUCAGCACUUUGCACAAGAGAAUUUCACUUCACUUAUCUCACUUCACUUCAUCUGCCUGCUGACACAUCCCAGAGCUCACACUCACCCCUUCCUCAUGUCCUGACCACAGAACUCUCACACCUCUGGCUCACCAGUCCUGUGUAGCUGUGCUAUGUCCAUGACUUUCAAAACCAUUUUUUGUUUUGUAGCUACAAGUGACAAUUGUAAUAACAGUGUCCAACAGUGUAGCCUGGCUCCUUCACUCCUGGCAAGUCCUUCACACACCUGAACUCCCACAGAAAUGGCCCAGAGCAAAGCUACAUGUGGGACAAGUUAUUUGACUAUAUUAACCCCAGAAAACGCUCCUGUCAACGAAGGAAACAAAACCCACCUAAAUGGCCACAGCCAUGAGUGACCUCACAGUCCAUCCAUGUCCAAAAAACCUUGGCUAGUACCUAUAAUGAUCCCUUUUUUUAAUAUAUAUCAAAUCCCUCUCUCAGGUUGAGCAUGACUAAGCUCCAGAAGAUCUGGACAAAGUAGAAGACUUGCUAAUUCACACGUGCUGCUCCUGGUUGGGGAGAUGGAGACACAAGACAUCUAGGGCACUAAGAACUAGCAGAGCUAGUCCAGUGAUUCACCUGGAGAAGCAAACUCCCUCCUGCAGUCACAAAUCCUCACAACCAUUCACCUCAGACACACUUCUUACAGUGAAGUUUGGCCAGGACCCCUCCCCCGUGCAGAGACUGCUUCAAGCUCAAAAUCAAAAGCACAACUGAUGGAAGCCAGUGCCCCAAAUACAAGAACAUUUAGGACUGCAAUAUAUGAUGAAGAUAAUGCCAGUGGUGAUGAGGAUGACACGUCACCUUCUGCUGUGUGCAGCUGCAUCAGACUGGGAAAUCCUGCUCAAGAGGCACUGAAUUAAAUCCUGCCUCUCUCCUAAAAGGAAUGCUCUGGGCACUUGCAACAUUCCUACAAAAUGCCCAUCAUGGCUGCACACACAAGAGGGCAGUGUGUGCCACAUGCCAGCCUCUGCUGCUCUGGCAAUGCCUUCCCAAGAAGCACAUGGAAUGACAAAUCUUGGGACUCAUCCCAGCUUUUUAUUUCACACGUCUACAAAGGGGAAUGAGUGUGGGCACAAGGAACAGAAGGCAAAGGUGUCCCCUUGCACAGUACCAGAGAAGACUCAGGAUGAUUCUUUCCCACAACACAGCCCCUGAAGAUUCUGGCUCUUGACGACUGUCAGUGGAGACCACUGAGACAAAGGUCUUACAAUGAAGACCAUAGCCACAAGUUACUAUUGAUUAAUAAAACUAAUUGAACAUA